UCUACAAACUUUGUGAAGUUGUUCAUUGAUAUGAACGUGACAAUGGAAGAACUAUGUAGGCAUCGUAGUAGCUCCUACGAUUUGAUUCGUUCACACCUAAGACGAUUCAGGUGGAGGUUUCGUGUUCUUAUCAGGCAAAAAUCAAGUCCUUCUUUAUAUUCUCCAAUUAGCCCUCAAAAAGCUAAGUAG